AUGGCCUCUCCCAUCCCAGCAGCGGACCUUCCGCUCUUCAUUCUCCGCAUAGUCUCUCCAGGCCUCGUCCUGCUCUCCACCCUCACCCUCAUCCUCGCCCGUCCUGCCCCCGCGGUGCAGUCGGCCUCCCCCAUCACCUCCGUCGUCGUCGCUACUCGUACGCCCCGUCAUGCCCUCAUCUAUGCCUUCCUUUCUCUCGCUGGUCUCACUUACCUCCUCGACGGACUCACUUUUGUCAUCACCGCCGUCCUCCGCAAGGAAUGGCCGACCUUCACCGGAAUUGACAUUCAUGCCGUCGUCGGUCUCGUCGCCUUCCUCGGCUUGGCUGCGCUCGGUGCUUUCAAGGAGGUCCAGGGCCUGAACGUCUGGUCCAUGAAGAGGCUCAAGCUCAGCAUCUUCGCCGCCCUGGCGUUGGAUAUCGCGCAGGUCGUCCUCCUCGCCCUCGCCAUUACUCAGCCCAUUGCAACGACUGCUCUUCUCCACAUCGCCUUCCCUUCAUUCCGUGUAUUACUGCUCGUCCCUCUUUUCGUUGCUCUCAUCUUCCCCCGUGUUUCCUACGUCCCCGUCCAGCAAGCGGCGGACGAAGAGGCCCCCACGGACACCAGCCUGCUCUUGCCCACUCAGGACGCGGCCACGACGUCCUCCGGGCUCUCGCCGCUCUCCGCCGAGGUCAGCAAGUAUGGCACCUUCCAGAGCACCCGUUCCCUCGGCCAAACCUCCGCUCUCACCACGCGUACGAACACCCCUGCCCCUUCGACCGUUCGUCUGCCGCCGCCCAAGGCGCGGGGGCCUAAGGAGGACAUCGCGCUCGACCCGUCCUGGGGAGAGAUCCUCGUGCGGAUCAAGCACCUCAUCCCUUAUCUGUGGCCAUCGAAGAGCUUCGCGCUCCAGCUGCUCGCAUUCUUGUGCUUCCUGAUUAUGAUAGUGGGACGCGUCGUCAAUGUCUUCGUUCCAUGGAUUUUUGCUCAACUCGUGCGCAUCUUCGAGGACGGCUCCAAGGUGUCCCUCUGGCCGUACUUGUGGGCCUAUGUUGGCCUGCGAUUCCUCCAGUCCACCGGUGGCCUCGCGGCACUGCGCGACUCGCUAUGGAUCCCAGUAAUGCAGUACUCAGACAGGGAGAUGUCUCAACUGUCGUUCGACCAUCUCCUCCAGCUCUCAUUCGCCUUCCACACCCAUCGCAAGACUGGCGAGGUGCUGCGCAUUCUCGACCGCGGCGCCGCCAUCAACCACACGUUCGAGACUCUUGUGUUCAACGUCUUGCCCACGUUCGCGGACAUUGCUAUCGCUCUGGUCUUCUUCGUUGUCUACUUCGAAUGGACGCUCGCUGUCGUGAUCUUCUUCGUGAUGACCGCUUACGUCUCCGCCAGCGUCAUCCUCACCAGGUGGCGCACUCAGCUGAGGAGGCAAAUGAACGAUCGCGAUGUCAUGAUUCGUGGCAUUCACACCGACUGUCUGCUCAACUACGAAACUGUCAAGUACUUCAACGGGGAGCAGCAUGAGGGUGAGCGUUACGCAGAAGCCAUCCGUCAGUACCAGAGUUUCGAGUACAGGGUCAUGAUGUCCCUCAACCUUUUGAACCUGGUGCAGAACCUGAUCAUUACUGUUGGUCUACUUGUCGGAGCAAUGAUUGUUGCCAUGCGUGUCGUUCGCGGCCAGUCGGAGACGCACGAGUUUGUGCUCUUCAUCACGUACCUGGCCCAGCUUUACGCGCCUCUGAACAUGCUCGGCUACUUGUACCGCACGAUCAACCAGUCGCUUGUCGACACUGAACGUCUGCUCAAACUCCUCAGCGAACCCACCGAGAUCAACGACAAGCCGAACGCGCCCGACCUGAUUGUACAGACGGGCGAGAUUGAGUUCGAUAACGUCAGCUUCUCCUACGACGGCCGCACCACGGCCCUCGGCGGCGUCUCGUUCAAGGUUCCCAAGGGUAGCUCGGUCGCGCUCGUAGGCGAGUCCGGGUCUGGCAAGUCGACGAUUCUCCGCCUCCUCUACCGUUUCUACGACUUGAAGCACGGUGAAGGCCGCAUCUUGAUCGACGGUCAGGACAUCCGUGACAUCACCCAGGGCAGUCUCCGCAAGGCCAUCGGUGUCGUACCCCAGGACCCUGUGCUGUUCAACGCGAGCAUCAAGUACAACAUCGCGUAUGGCAAGUUCGGAGCGAACGAAGACGAGAUCGUUGCCGCGGCUAAGGCGGCCCAGAUUCAUGAUCGGGUCGAGAGCUUCCAUGACGGCUAUGAGACUAAAGUUGGCGAACGUGGCAUCCGGCUCAGCGGUGGCGAGAAGCAGCGGGUUGCUAUCGCCCGGACCCUGCUCAAGGAUCCCCCCAUCCUGCUCCUCGACGAGGCUACUAGUGCUCUGGACACGUCGACGGAGAAGGAUAUCCAGAAGGCGCUCCAGAACCUCGUCCAAGGCCGUUCCUCGCUUUCCAUCGCCCACCGGCUUUCGACCAUUGCAUCAGCUGAUCUAAUCCUGGUCCUCAAGGAUGGGCGUAUCGUUGAACAGGGCACCCAUGCCGAGCUCCUUGCGCGCGGUGGCAUGUUCGCGGAGAUGUGGGCGGAUCAGAUUUCGAGCAACGACGAUACGUCUGCGCACCGCAAGUCGGCCAUCGUCACCGGAUUCGAAGUCGAGGCGCCCACGCAGGACACGGCUACGAUGUCCGAGGAUCAACCCCCGCAACUCGGCACCGAGGAGGUCGCGCACGACAAGCUGGACAACGACGUGGUGGUGGUCGAGUCUGAGGAGGCUGUAGCAUUCCCCACCGCGGCCGACAACGCGGAGGAGGUGCCGUUGAGUGCCGCCCCUGAGCCGUCGGCCGCCCCGGUUGCGUUCCCCAGCUCCGACGACGCGGCUCCAGUUGCGUUCCCCUCUUCUGCCGACGAGCCCGCAGCGCCCAUCGCCUUCCCGUCUUCGUCCGGCGCCGCUCCCCUCGCCUUCCCGACCUCGCCGGAGUCCGUCCGCGGUUCGAUUGGCGAGCGGGCGCAGACCCCCGGCGUCACCUUCCAGGCGGCCGCGACCCCUGAGCGCACCGGGACCCCUGAUCCCGAGGCGGACGGCAAGCGGCGGCGGACGCUCUCGACCCAGGGCAUCCAACGCCUUGCCCGCCGUAUCUCGGUCACGACCCGCAAGGGCUCCGCGUCGGUCAUCCCGAACCUGCAGCAAGUGGGGUCGAUGAUCCCCGGCCUGAAGCGCGCGGACACGGCUCGGGCGAGCACGGACGAGCAAGGGUCGACGAAGGACGCGGUGGUCGCGACGCCGCCGUUGUCGGACAGCCCGAGCCCGAGCCUGCUGAGCGACAGUGUGUCGAAGAGGGCGUCCAAGAUCAGGAAGGACAAGAAGGACAAGAGGAAGAGCACGCAGUGA